AUGACCCUGCGGCGGCUGCGGCGGCUCCGGCACAAGGACGAGGAUGCGGCGGCGGCCCCGGAGCGCCCCGCACCCGCCGAUGUCUACCGGGCACUGGCGGCUGCCGGCGGGACCCUGCCCCGAGUGCGCAAGGACGUGGGGUUCAGGUGGCCGUCCCCGAGUCAGUCCCCGGAGGAGCACAGGAGGGUGGUGACACUGGAGAAGAAAGCAGAAGAGACCUUUGGCUUCGAGAUCCAGACCUAUGGGCUCCACCACCAGGACGGGAACAGGGUGGAGAUGUUCACCUUCGUGUGCCAGGUGCACGGCGGGAGCCCGGCUGAGGCUGCAGGACUCAAAACUGGGGACACAAUCACAGGAGUGAACGGUCUCAACGUGGAGGGCAUCCGGCACCGUGAGAUCGUGGAGAUCAUCAAGAGCUCAGGCAACCUGCUGCGCCUUGACACACUCUAUGGGACAUCCAUCCGGAGGGCUGAGCUGGAGGCCCGGCUGCAGUACCUGAAGCAAACGCUCUACGAGAAGUGGGGGGAGUACCGCUCGCUGAUGGUGCAGGAGCAGCGGCUGGUGCGGGGUGUGGUGGCCAAAGACCCCAGCAUCUACGACACGCUGGAGUCGAUCCGCUGGUGCCUGCAGGGCGGGGAGGGGGGGCUCCUGGGGGGCUCCUCCCAGGCCAGCGCCUGCGGCAGCGACGAUUCCCUCUAUCAGACCUGCCUCUUUGCCGACCCCCUGGACGGGGACAAGGACGGGGACAAGGAGGUGGACAGCCUGGGUCCCGCGCCCCCACCCCCCCGCCCCCGGCCCACCUUGGCCCGCAGCGCCAGCCUCAAGUGUGGGGGAGGGGGGUCGGGGGGACGUUUGUGGGCACGGGCCGGGGACCCCGGGGACGGGGCGGUCGCCCCCCGGAGGGGCCGGCACAGCAGCUUCCGCCGCCGGCUCCUCAAGUUCAUCCCGGGACUGAACCGGGCGCUGGAGGAGGAGGAGAGUCACCUCUGAGCGGGGACACUCGCGGCCCCUCCAGGCCUAUUUAUUUAUUUAUUGCUCCACGCCCGCCCCCCACCCCCCCCAUCCCGCAUCCGGGGGCUGAUGGACCGAACACACCGGGGCGACCCUAAGCCGGGGGGGGGGUCCCGGCUUGGCCGUUGGGGGUCGUGGCACCGAGGGACGGACGUGGGGGACCCUCCCCGAAGCGGCUCAGGAAGCCACUGCUCAUCUCAGGAAUGGGUCCCCUCGGUGCUUGGGGACACGGGGGGGCCCUGUGUGUGCUCCCCCAGCUCGGGGGGAUAGGGGGGGUCCCACCCCCGCCCCGCCCACAGGAGCUUUUGUACCGCACCGGCGCGCUCGGCGCUCGCCAAUACAGAGACUUUUUGCA